AUGGAAAACCCCACUCUCCUAUCUGAGGCCCAAAAGGUCGCGCUUGAUAAGCUGACCGCAUCUUUGGGUCCAGAGUACGUGGAGUUCCUUGUUUCACAAGGUCCUGAGGUGCUAAAUGCACGUGUUGAAAGCUUCAAGCAGUAUGAAGCGACCCUUCUAGGGAAGGUCCAAGACCAAGUAGCGUCGGCUAUGCCUACACGCUAUGUGUCUGUACCAGACGAAGAGGCUAGGCCUCGUCUACUUAGAGUGGAAGUUAAGAACUACUCAGGUAAGGAGGGUGAAAACCUCAUCCUCUGGAUCCGUGAGAUUGAGAUGGCCAUGAGAUCAGGCCUGAUCAAGCUUGACCAUCAACAGGUCUCGCUGGAUAUCUCCAAGCUCGAUGGAAGAGCUAGAUGA